AAAAUAAUUCAAUUGAAAUUAAUGUUAAAAUAUUGUAAAAACAUUAAAUUUAUUAAUAAAUAAUAUAAUUUGUAUAAUGGAUUGUCAUUUUGUGUAACAGAUGUCUUAAAAUAUUACUGUUUUUGGGUUUUUGUUCAAAAAUGGUUUCCACAAGACUUAUGAGUAGUGUUGGGGUAGGUUUUAGUAGUGCAAUACAAAGUACAAGCUCAAAUACACAAAUCAAUGGACCUCCCCCAGCAAAAAUACCAAAAUUAUGUGCUGGCCCGUCCGGCAGUCAAUCGGUUGAUAUAAUUGAAAGUAUUCCGGGGACAAGUAAACAAUCGCCACCGCCGAAUCCAAAACCCAAUCUUUUGGAUAUGCCCCAUGAAGUAAUUGAAAAAAUAUUUAGCUAUCUAACAUUCAAAAAUAUCGCACAUUUACGACCUGUUUCUCACGCAAUGGAUCAAAUAUGUGGAACAGUUUUGAAUUCAACAUUUCAAAAAUUGCAAAAGCAAAUGUUGGUACGAUUUCAAAAUAUCAAAGCAAAGAUGCCACGACGUGAAUCAGCUCGACGCAAUCAUCCAUUAGCAUGCGAAUCUGAUAUCAUUGAAACGUUGCAUAUGCGCCUUACGUUACUGCAAAUGUCUUUUGGGAAGCAUAUUGAACGUCGUCAUUGCUGCUUUUUUGCUGGAGAGGUAUUAGAUGAAGUUUACAGAAUAUUACAUUAUGUGAAGAAAACAACGAAAUUACAACGGCCUUACAAAGUGACAGACGAAUUAUUUGAUUUGUCAUCUAUGGCAAUGGAAUAUUUCAAGGAACAUAUCGAACCACGUUUACCAGAAAUUGCGUACUUCAGUUCAGAUUUCCUUGAUUUCACUGGCGGCACAUUCACAUCGACCAGCAACAGUAAAAAUUAUUUGUGCUUGGAUUCAUCCCCAUUAGGAGCUGGUAGUGGAGGUGAACAAAAAGAUGAUGAAGCUCCUAUUCAUUCUGCCGCUGAUACAUCAGAACAAUCGUACAUGCCUUCAGAACCAGCACCCCAAUCAAAUAUGGUGCUAAGAAAACGUAUUCGAAAAAUUAAACAGGGAAUGAAAAGGUAUAAUAGCCAGUUAUCAUUGUUACGUCAAGAUUUACGAACUUGUAAACGAAAAACCGCCGAACAACAAAAACAGAUUGCCGAACAACAACGACAAUUAGCUGAACAACAAAAACAAACAUUAGAAUAUGCAACACGUCUUGAUGAAAACGACAAGAAAAAUGAGGAAACCUCAAGAAAAUUCAGUACAUUAUUACAAGAAUUAAACAAAUGCAAAACUGAAUUACAAUAUUGGCGAUCAAAAUCACCAGCAAUACCACCAGUAUGCAAAGGUUGUGGUGCUGUCUUUACACCAGGACCACCUGAAGAAAUUCAAGCAUUAGUGAAUCAAGGCGUACGACCUGAAGGUCUAGGUUUAAUAAUCGAUCACACAAGUACAUCAGAAAAUGAAUCAAUAGAAUUAAUACCACAAACAUCCGAUGCUCAACCGGAUUCAAAUGUUGAGCAACAACAACAAACCCUUCUUUUUACACCACCCCAAAGGCAAGGUGUAAAACGUAAAGCGACUCUUACAAAUGACGAUAGUGCACCAUCAAUACCAAUACAAACAUCUACACCAGUGGAAACUGUGGGCUCCGAGCCGUCCAGAUUAGAUAUUAAAAAAGUUAAAGGUGUUACAAAAACUCGUACAAAACGUGUAUUUAAAGUUGCCCAUUGAUUUGAUUUUUGAGAAAGAGUUCUUCUUUUGUGGUGUCGGAAUUUUUUUCAAAUUUCAAUUUUUUUUUUAUUUCUAUCGACAACUAAAAAAGAUCAGACUAAUCAGAGUAUGUGGACGGAAAGCUUUGUUUCUUUUAUUGAGUCACACAAAAAAUCGACAAAUGGUUGCAUUAUUAAAUACAAAAUGACCAAAAAAGGACCUACAAAAAUUUUUGAUCACUAAAAUCGCUUCCAGAGCUAAUUUUUGAUUCAAAGAUUUUUUCUGUAUAUUAGAAAUUGUUCUGUCCCCGGCAUGUCAAGGCUAUUUAGGAAUAAGGAGAUCCCAGCUUAUAAAAAUUAAUAUAGAUUUUCGGUAAUCAUUUCAAAUAUAUUAUCUAUGAUUAAAUACAUUAGGCAGUUUGAAAAAAUUUUUAAAUAAAAAAUUGGCUAAUCGAAUUUAGUCAAUUAUAUCAGGUUGAAAUAAGACAAAAAUCGAAAAUGGGUUUUUUUACUAAACUUGAGCAUCCAAGUCUCAUUUGACGUUUUUAUAACACCUUCAAGUUUCUCAAUACAUUUUAUAAGAGAAAAUUAAGUUAUUAUUCCGUAAAACCCAUAUUUAACCAAAAAACUGGAAUUUCCAGUUUUAGCCCCGCCUUAACACGUCGUGCUCAGCAUAAAUUCAAAUGUUUAGAAAGAACCUUUGUGCAAAUAAUCAGUUUUGAACUAUAUUUAAAAGCGUUCACAAGAGACGAUUAUUAUCGAUAAUGCGACAGAACAGAAAAAGAACAAAGCAAUUUUAUAUCAAAAUUAAUAUUUCUAUUUAUUUGAAAAACAUACAAGUAUGCCGGUUAUACUUUAAGGGGAUACUAAAAUCAGUCUUCGUAAUGCCAUCUAUAUUCAAGUAAAUAGAACUAAAACCAUAAUGGAGAAAAUAAUCUUUACAACAUAUUUAAUAGACUGAGAAUAAAAAUGACAAAAAACCGGCCUAAUUCUCAGAAUAUACCAGAAAAUUAGAUGUGCAAAUUAUUAAGGAGACGAGAAGAGAGAUAAAUAAUAUGGUAUGUGUAUAUAUAUGUUUUAUUAGUAGUCGAAUGUGUUGCCACCUGCACAAUCGAAAUCGUGCGCGUUUGUUGUCUUAAAAAUUACUCGGUCAAUCGAUGUGCUUUUAGAUUUAAAAAAACUAAUGACUGUAGUGAUACAUAUAUUUAGGCUCGUUUGUUCCCUCCCAAAAACUAAUCUCUGUCUCUGUCUGGACGACAACCUAGUUGCCAUAUUAUAUAAAUGCUUCAAGUUGAGCACGCAUUUUCCAACAUAUCCUCCAAAAAAGGAUAUUGUUCAAAAUAAAAAUUAAAAAAAUAAGUACAAUAAAAAAAAAAACAAACGUUACUCAGCUUUAAAAUUUUCACAAUAUAAUAGGUUUACAUGUGUGUGUAUUUUGUCUCAGGAAUGUGUCCACAUUUAAGAAAAUAUUUUUGAAUUUAUUUUUUCUAAAAUUUAAAAAUAAACAAAAUAAAAAACAAACCAAAUAUCAAAAUUUUUAAUAACUUGCAAUAUUUUUGUCUCUCAGACCUUAGAAUAUAAUAUUUGUUCUUUUGGUUUAUUAGAAAAUAAUACAAAUUAAGGUGUCUUUUGGUAAGAAUACCUGUAUGUAGAUAUAUUUGUCAUGUUUGAAUUAUAACAAAACGGCCUUAGAAUAGUUGAUAUUUUUAUCGAUAAUUGUCGUAAACUUAAUCGUUUUUAUUUAAUUGGAUACACGAAGAUUGUUAUGUUUUGAUCUCAUUAUUUGCAUUAUAUAAUAAUAAUUUUGAAAAUUGAAAGCUCUCAUUUUUACUUCGAAAAUUCGAGUUGAGAUAUUAAAUGAAUACGAAAACAAUACUGACCAGAUACAGAAAAUGAGGUAUAAUUAAAAUAGAAAUAAAUUAAACCAUGCAAUCAUUCCAUUAAAUGAAAUUUUGACUAUUUUCUAUCAAAUUUUUCAAUUUUUUUAAAUUGAUAUACAUUAUGUGUUUGCAGUAAUAUUCUAGAUACAGUUUUUCUACAUCGGCACGAAAAAAAAUAGGAAUUUCUGCCUAUAGCAGUGUUAAAUUUCCGAAUUUUUAUAGUAAUACAUAGAAAGUUAAUUUUGCUAUCUGAGACAUUGAAAAUAAGAUGAGCGAAAAAUCACAUUUUCUAAAAAGUAUUCACGAUGAGAAUAGAAGCGAUAAUUUCACUAAUAAACAAGAUAUGAAAAGUAUCGAAAUCUGACCAUCAAGUUAAUGUCCUAUUGCUUUACCGAAAUUAGUAUAACUAUUAUAGCGAGGUCUGAAAAUCUUAAAUAACUUUUAUAGGGAAAUAAUAUUUGAGGAUAUGCUAGUUAUUAAAUGCUUCCUAGUCAUUAAUUUUACGCUAUUCACUCUCUAUCUAUACAAUAUCGAUUUUUCUCGUUUGUUUUGAAAAAACUGGUUUGAAGUGCGAGCCACUUCAUGCCUUAACUUUUGAUUUUGCAACUUUCGCGAAAAAAAAAUUGAACAGGUUCCAUUGUAUCCAUUACCUUCAAAACACGAAGUUCUAAUUUCAUGUCGAGUUUAUGUCAUUAGUUUCUUUCUCUCACUCUUAUCAGCCAGUCUCGCAUUUGAGUUUUUGUUUUAUAUUUUUGUUAAAAUGCUUAUGUUUAUUGAAAAUAGAAAGGGAAGCGAAGAAAUCAAUAAUAACUCGUAGACAUUUUUUAACAUCGAGAUAAGUAUUGCUAGUGAGUGUAGUCAGCUCGGUAAUUAGUGUAUAAGGAGCCGAUUUUGCAAACCUAAAUGUGAAUAAAAUAAUGGCGAGGUAAAAAUAUUCUCAUUAGAGAAUAGUAUUAUAUUGGGAAUAUUUUUUUGUCAUCAUUGCUGUAGCCAUUUAAGCAUAGUCAUUAAGGCCUGCAAAAUUGGCUCCAUAUGCUCUUUUAACCUAGGUGACAAAUACACUAGAUCCGGCAUACUUAUCUCGAUUUUUAAAUUUUUAGUAUGGCUUAAAAACAUUUCGCCUUUUCUCAACACUUGAUGUACA